AUGGCGACCACCAAGAUUCAGAAGAUCAUGACCCAGCCCAUUGUACGCUCCCGAUCCAUCAGUUUUUUGUUGUUAUAUCUUUCUUCCGAGCGAUUAACCCCUUCUCCGCUUUUCCUGGUGGUCGUGCUCUUCCCUGCGUGUCGGUGGGAUGUCGGAGCAUAGAACCUCAUCUUCAGGUUUCUUCAGAGUGUAAGAAUUUCUUUCACCCGCCCCAUCUCUCUGACGCCGUUCAUUCGCUGAAUACCGUUCUUUGACGUUCUUCGAUUUUGGGCUUCAUUCAGAAAGCGCGCAUCCAGAUUUGGCUGUUCGAGCAGAAGGACCUGCGAAUCGAAGGGCGUAUCAUUGUACGUUUCUCUCACCUCCGCUUUCUGUCUUUGCUGAUGAUGCCAGUCUUUCCGUGUUAAAUCCUAGUUCUAGGGUUUUGAAUCUACACACAGGCCAGGUAAUCAAAACAGAAGCCAAUUAGACCUCGCAUUUUUUCUAAUGCCUAGCUGCGGCCUGGUAUGCUUUUUGUUGCGUCGUUUUUCUUCAUACUUUUGCUCAGAGUUGCUUCUGAGGGCAGGUGGACGGUGGGUGGGGGGUGGAUUUUGGGAUUCCGCCAGGAGAGUGAGACUUCCUGUCGAGCGUCAGCUCAUCUUCAUGACUAGAUUUACCGAUCCAACAUGUUCGCCAUGCGCAGGCAUGAGUAAUUUCCUGGGGAAAAAUAAAUAUCAUGCUUGGAAAAGUGAGGAUUUGUGGGAUAUGUGAACCUCAAUGAGUAAGUCUUCAAGCAAUCAGUGACAAGUAAGAUCUCAAUCAGUAUGCUGCCUUACCUUGAAAGAAGAAGAUGGAUGGCGAUGGUCCUUCUGACCACGUUGUUCCCCUCACAGUGUGAGACAACUUGGGGAUGGUUGACUGCAUCCCCUGUUGACCUCUUUCAAUGAACAUUUGACGUACGUGGUAGAUAUCGCCGUCAAUGGCACAUUCCGUUGGGGGAGUUGCCUGAGGUGUUGUUGCUUUGAGAAACCAUUUUACGUAAUGAGUGAGAUGGAUUACUUUUUAGUUCAAAUGCUAUGCAAAGUUACAUCAUCCUCUAUAGCUUAAGAGUAGAUAUUUUUAGGAAGACGAAAAGGCAUCUUCCCAUGUAGCUGGAAGAUGAAUAUAACAAAAAUGCCCGAAAAGGAUAAAUUAUGUGUUUGAGCGUGUCAUGUACAAAACUCUGCUAUAUUUCAUCCAUGGUUUGAAGAAAUCUCUGUUUCUCUCGCCAAAAUAGUUGUAAGCACUGAUUGGUGAUAAAAGGUGGACCCUCCCGAGCGCUACUACACCGAUCUUUAACGGCUGACAGUUCAUCAUUAAUAUCCAGUUGGAGACUUAAAGUGUAGCUUUUGUUUUUCAAGUAGAUCGAACUCUUAACAGGUAUUUUCCAACCAUCAGUUCAACAUUGCAGUUUAUUUAAUAGAUGAUAAUAUCGCACCUAGAUUGCAAUAAGAUGGCUCUUUACUGAUUUAGACAUGCACCCUUUUUAAGCAAGUGAUUUUGAAAACGAUAAUAUGCAUGGAUUGAUGUAUGUAAGUAGUUAGGAUAAAUUAUUUUAGUUAAAAGUUCUUUGUGAAAAUGGAAAGAAAUCUCUGGGAGAAAAGCUUUAGGGAGAGGAGAAAAACUGAAGAUCUGGAUCAAGAUCAGUAUCAGGAUCAUCCAUUAUCAUGGUUUAUUGGUGAUUCACAAUUAUCCUGAUGCUGCUUUAUUGCUCAGUCGGUGUAUGAAUUAUUAAAGCUUAUUUUAGGAUUGAUACCAUCUGAUGGGAGGGGGGAGAGUAAAUCUGACCCAUCCACCAGCUCCGAAAAUAGUUUCAACGGGAAUCAGAAUAACUAAGCGCCAGUAUCUGGAAUGGCUUUAUUCAUCAUGUUGUUCAUUAGUGCCUAGUAGGUUAUCUUGAACCUUGACGGAAACUCCCCCUUUGUUCUACGCAUCCAGGGAAGAAAAAACGCAUCUGCUCGCGUUGUGUGAGAGAUUAUACCCGGCUUGAACUCUUCUUUUCUUCCUCUUUUGGAUUAUAAUCUCUUGAAGCAGUUGAUGCCUGUCACCAGAAGUAGAUGGUGAAUGAAAGCUUGCUACAUAGAUAAAUGAAUGAAUGAAUGAAUGAAUGAAUCUGGGGUUAAGUUUCGUAUGAUUUGGAAGAUAGUUCGACUCCCAGUCUCAUCUCUACCUCCCUUGGCAGGGCUUCGACGAGUACAUGAACUUGGUUCUGGACGACGCUGAGGAGGUCAACAUCAAGAAGAAGACCAGGAAGUCUCUGGGUAAGAAGACCAGGAAUCCCCCUCUCGUUUCGUCUCAUGUAUCCUCGUCUCUUGACUAAUCUUUCUGUGCUCCGUUUCUAGGGAGAAUUCUUCUCAAAGGUGACAACAUCACACUGAUGCAGAACACGUGAGCCCUCCCCCCCCCCCCCAAUCUCUCUCCUCUCUCUACUCUCUCUCUCUCUCUCUCAUCUGGGUGUUGUUUUCCUGGUCGUUGCAGGGGGAAAUGA